ACCCCCUGGUGAAUGAAUAAUGUAUUUAGUUGGUAAUGCAUUCAUGAAACUACAUACAUUAACUUAAAACUUCAGCUACAUAGAUAAGAUUACACUGCUGUUUUACUCUAUCAAUCCAAUCUACUCACUACAUGUAGACACUAGUCAGCCAAAGGUUUAUAGUAAAACAAUGGAUUACCCUGACGUCUUCACAUAUUUAUAUAUUCAAUUGUUUGGAUUGGUAAUUGGGCUUCAGUGGGUAAAUUACUCUGAUGUUUUGAAGCACUAGUAGAAAUAAUUCCAGCUCAUUCAAUUAUCUUUGCCUUUCCACAGAUAUGUUGCAAUGCUACAUACAGUGCAAGAUACUUAUAGUCUAUUUACAUCUCAGUGUCAUCUGUGAGGUGAUUUCUUAAAUGGGUUGUUCUUAUUGAAGGUAGUCCGUCAGCUCCACAGCCAAUACCAUCUCUGGGUCCAGUGCAGCAAGGGGACAUAACCAAUUCACUUCUCCUCUACUCCACAGCGAGAAAUUCUACCCCUCCACCUUUUUAAAGAGCUGAUUAAUAUAAAAGAAAUAUACUCAAGAAGCCAAGAGCACCUGUCGUAAAUAACAGUAUAUAAAGGUAUUGUUGGAAUGGACCCGAGACAUUCGAUCUCCUUGUCUGGUUGGAGGGGGGUGUUUGGUGUGGAGGGCAGAAGCAUCCUUAGUCCUGGAAACAAUGUUAUUCACACAAAAGAAGACACAGAUGUCCAGAACAAGAUUAUUACAUUGCUACUUCAAAAGAGCUUACUGCCUGUGGAGAAAAAUGAUGCUCUUGGUCUAGACUUGGCUAGUAGAGUAGCAGAGCUAGAGGAGCUGGAAGCUUUGAGAGAUGAUCUGGAGCUGAAGCUCACAGCAAAUGCAUUGUCCACACCUAAGAAGAGGGCUGAAGCUUGUUUCUGGAAGUACUGUGUGUGACAGACCUACUGUGACGCAGAACCUCUGCAAGGUCAAGCUAAGAAUUUGGCAUAGCCUCAUUCAUCCACAGUCACCUCAGAUGUUUCAAUGUUGUCUGUCAUUGUUAACGUUAACUAUCAAAACUUGAUAAUUUAGGAAAUGUCUUAAGAGUUUAGAAUGAAUUUCUGUAUUAUUUGUAACUAAAUAAACCUCAUUAUUGACUUUUUAAUUAUUAUUUGAGUAACAAAAAGCGUUUUAGUCAAGUAUUAUUUGGAAAUAAAAGUUUUUAAAGAUGAAUAAUUGUCUUUUGUUUACAUGUAUAUAAUUUGUUGUUUCCCUCUACUGCUAA